AUUGAAAUGACUUAGCACACACGCACACAUAAUAGUUCACACAGCUUCACAGCAACUUUACUGUUUGAGCAUCAGUAUUCCUCUUCUUCAGAGGAGAAAACCCAGGGUAGACACAGCAAGUCUAGAAAAUGACCAGAGGUCACUUUGGGACCUGAAUUAGCACAUGAUUCACGUCUAAACAUCAGGCCUGGCCAGUGGUCAGGAAAGUGCUACUGAGGGUGCCUGGAUAGAGUCCAUCCAAGUCCAUGUACUGAAAGUGUCAAAAAAAAUAAAGUAAGGUCCAGAUCAUACAGCUGAGCCAAUACCAUGAGCAAAGGCUCGGGCUGGGCACUUCCACCUGUGAGUCUGACCUUUCCAUCCUUGGAAAUGGAUAGGGGCCUGUCUGGAGAUUUGGGGGCCACAUGGAAUAAAGCCAGAAAGAGUGGGAAGGGGGACUGCUGCCUGCUGGGCUGAGUGUGGGGCAGGCUGGGGCCUCUGAACCCAGCCCGUGGUCCUUGCUGGUGGCCCAGGUCAAGGGGCCUGAGUGGAGAACUCCGUGGGUGCCUGGACUGCCCAGGGUUUGGGCAACACAGACCUCAGGGUCUCCCUGGGCACCUUCCUGAGUGCCUCCUGUUUCCAAGGGUGCAGCCUGGCAGCCCCUGGUGCAGGCCUUCUGCUCACAGUCACUGUGGAAGGGGAGGCUGCUGAGCCUUAAAAAAUGCCGGGUGUGAUGGGCCACCCACCGCCCCCCUCCAAGGACGCGUGAAGAGAGGGCUGUGCCCACGUCAGGAAGGGAAGCUCAGGCAAGGAGGCAUCUAGAAUGAGGCUCAUCUCAGAAGCAGAGUGGCCAGAAGAGAAGCCUGCGUGACUUGGCCUGAGUUCUCAGACCCGCUGCCCAUUGUGACAUCACUGGAGGGGGUGGCUCUGACCGGGAGGCCUUGACAGCAUCAUUUCCCUCAGCCCUGGCCUCCGUCACCUCCAGGCCAACUGCCACGCCCUGGGCCAUGUUCCUGUGGUCCCUUUUGCUGCUCAUGUCCCAGGCCAGGGAUGCACACCUCGAAUGUGGUGAAAGACCCAUGUUUGCAAGAGGAGCUCAGUAUUCCAGAAUCACAGGAGGGAUAGAGGCUGGGGUGGGUGAGUUUCCAUGGCAGGUGAGUAUUCAGGCAAGAAAUGAACAUCUCUGUGGUGGCGCCAUCCUCAACGAGUGGUGGAUUAUCACGGCGGCUCAUUGCUUUUACCCUGAGCUGUUACCGCCCACCGAUCUGAGAGUCGUGCUGGGAACCAAUAGCCUAACCAGCCCGUCCCUGGAGAUAGAGGGAGUCACAACCAUCAUUCGUCACAAGGACUUUCAAAGAGUCAGCAUGGACAAUGACAUCGCUCUGCUGAUGCUGGACAAUCCCAUCACAUUCAACGAGCUGAAAGAACCCAUCUGCCUGCCCAUGCGGCCCGGCCUCUCCCAGUGGCACAAUUGCUGGGUGGCAGGAUGGGGGCAGGUCAAAUCCGGUCUCAACCAGCCUAUGGAAACUGAGCUGCUGAAAGCACCCAUGACCAUAAUGAAUUGGGAUAAGUGUUUUAAGGAAUUUCCCAAACUUACCAAAAACAUGCUGUGUGCUGGAUAUGAGAAUGAGAGCUACGAUUCUUGCCAGGGCGACAGCGGGGGGCCUCUAGCCUGUACCCAAGAAUCUGGCAAGAAGUGGUACCACGUGGGCAUCAUCAGCUGGGGAAGGUCCUGUGGCCUGAAGAACACUCCAGGAAUAUACACCUUGUUAGAAAACUACCACUCCUGGAUUAAGAAGAUGUCAGCCCCUCUUCCUGGCUGCCCGGGUGUUGGUGUCGCCGGCCCGGGCACUCCGCCACCGCCCCUGGCAUCGCCUGCUGUGAGCACAGAUGGAGCCCACGAACUGGACGGCUGGCCUCCCCUCGAGGUCGCCUGGUUUCCUGAGAAACAGAUUCUCUGCAGUUUCUUGCAGGAGGAGCAUUUCCAACUCAAAACUCUUCUGGCCUCCCCUCCCACCUCCCACACCCCUCCCUGCCACACACACACAAAUCACUUGUUUGGAAAGUGUCCCCUCAGUGUCGUGUUCGACCCUUUGCAACCCCAUGGACUGUAGCCCACCAGGCUCCUCUGUCCAUGGGAUUCUCCAGGCAAGAAUACUGGAGUGGGUUGCCAUUUCCUUCUCCAGGGGAUCUUCCCCACCCAGGGAUCGAACCUGUGUCUCCUGCAUUGGCAGGUAGAUUCUUUACCACUGAGCCACCUGGGAAGCCUGAACCUUUUAUUCUUCCUGUUGAAAAGCAUCUUCUCACCCAACCCUUUUGCCUGUGGACGUGAAAGGGCAGAGAGGACCACUCCCACUGCUCAGAUGAGGAAGUUGAGGCUCAGUGAAGAAAAGGUGUUCACUGAGAGUGAAGAGGGCUAAGAGCCAGCAUUAGGGGGAGGCAUGCUGGAGCCCCCAGGGCACCCCAGGAGCCCCUCACUCCACCAUGGCAUGAGUUCUAAUUCCACUGCUCCCUUGCUGCAGAAGUCAGGAAUGCUCAGAGUCCACAGCCUUCUGGCUCCCAGCUGAGCAACUCUGAGCAGGCAGAAAACACACUGUGCAGCUCUGUUUGUUACUAAAGUCUGCCGUGUGCAGAAUAACUCCUAUAUGCCAACCACACUUUGAAAUACUCUUCUAUGUAUUAAGAGGAGAAGGCAAUGGCACCCCACUCCAGUACUCUUGCCUAGAAAAUCCCAUGGAUGGAGAAGCCUGGUAGGUUGCAGUCCAUGGAGUCGCUGAGGGUCAGACACGACUGAGCG